AAUAUUACGGAUAUUUCAGCCAGGUGCCAAAUAUGCUGAUCCCCUGUGUACUCUAAUAUUUUCAAUUAUUGUAAUUAUGACUACUCUGCGUCUGUUUCGGGAGUCUAUGGGAAUCAUCGUGAAUGCAGUUCCACAGAACCUUAAUAUGCGCACUCUGCAUUUGGAGCUGGGCAGCCUCCAAGGUGUCAGAUCUGUCCACCACCUAAACGUGUGGCAACAAACCUCUCAGCAAAGGGUGCUGAUGGUACAUCUCGUUAUAGACUCUCGAGCUGACUGCAAUGAGGUACUGCAGACUGCCACGGAGCUAGUCGCUGGCCCAAAAUAUAACGUAAAGCAUGCAACUAUUCAAAUAGAACCAACAACUGAGUAGUCUUUACUAAUGAAAUUAAUCUGAAAAUUUUUGUUAAUUCUGAGCCACAGAGGUAUCGAUGGCAUCUAGACGUUUUAUUAAAUCAUGUUAUUUUACUUUAUAUUUAAUGUUUAUAGUUUGCUUAUGUACUGUAGAAUUUAUUGACAUUAGUGACAUUACCCCAAAGAAAAUACAUUAUUCGACUUUUAGAAUUAAUUAAUUUAAUCUGACUUGAAACGUACCAAAUACACCUUAGAUAAAACAAGA